AUGAAGGCAUUGAAAGUAGCGCUUAUAGGAAAUCCCAAUGUGGGGAAAACGACCUUAUUUAAUAGGUUGUGUGGAGUUAAUCAGAAAACAGGCAAUUAUCCAGGUGUAACAGUAGAUAAAAAACAAGGGAGUUUUGUUCACCAUACUCAUUCUAUUGACCUAAUAGAUUUACCAGGUUUUGAUAGUAUGUACCCCAAAUCGUUAGACGAAGAAUUAGUUGUUAAAUUUUUGAAAGAAAAUUCUGGAAAAACUGAAGUGAAUAAAUUAUUAUUCAUAGCAGACGGAACGAACAUCAAAAAGAAUCUAUACUUGUUAUCUCAGGUUAAAGACUUAGGCUAUGACAUUGUAUUGGCGAUUAAUAUGAUGGAUGUGGCUAAGAGGAAGGGAAUAAUGGUUGACACGCAAUCAAUAGCUAAGGAGUUUGGAAUUCAUGUGGUGAGCAUUUCAGCAAGAAGGGGGGAAGGGAUAGAUGAAUUAAAGUCAACCCUUUUAUUAGAUUCUCCACCAACAAAGGUUGAUGAACUUGUAUACCUUAGACCUGAAAACCAUAAACUUUUAAAACAGUAUGCGGAAGAGAAAGGCAUAAACAAUCUAUAUAGAGCUUUUUUGGAAAUUACUCAGGAGAAUAAUAUGACCGAGGUAAAUAGUAAAAAGUGGAAAACUGAAGAAUCAAUUUUAAGGUAUCAAUACGUUAGAAGGGUGAUUAAUGCAUCAAUUAAGGUAGAUAAGUCAUUGGCUUCUGAUAUGACCACAAGGGUGGAUAAAAUUCUUUUGCACAAGGUUUUUGGUACCAGCAAUUAUGGCUACUAG